AUCUUCAACCGUCGAAACAUGUGCAAAUGGAAAAUUGAAAGAAGUCAAGAACUGUUUGUGGCGUGCAAUGGUUUCUUGGAUGUGUGUGGAAAUCCCUGAGUAAUAGUUGUAUCUACGUGCCGUUUAUGUGCACAAGGAUUCUGUGACAGACAAAACAAUAGUAUCCUCCAUAUCAGCUUGUAAGGAGGACUUCUGACCUAAUGCCGGGGAUCAUGAGAUGAGCUUGAGCGUAGGAAGAAGCCGUUGAAGGAGAAAGUAUACAAUGGAUGAUAAAAUCAAUGCUGACCAGGAGCUACGUUAUUGUAAGCUACCGUUCUGUGUCCGGUGGAUGCUAAUUGCUCUGACUGGCCGAGGCGAAGAAAAUUCUCUUCUUCGCAGCUCCGAUAUUGAACGUGUCAUCAGCUUCUAUGGCUUCCCCAACCGUCCCCAAAGCGAGGAGAAAAUCCCCGUCAAACCGACCAGGCUUGUCAUGCAAGGCUUCAGUGCGUUGUCCCCGCUGAUGGACCUGGCGUGUAUCCGACAAGUUCUUCUUGCCAAUAACUUUGAGCCGGCUGUCUCUCAGCCUGGUGUGCCAAUGGAUGUCAUCCUAGACUCGGUUUUCGCUGAUGAACCGCCCCGCGAAGCCGGAUCGCCGGUUACCGAAUCAUUCUGCUACGAGCGUCUACACUUCCUGAAGUGGGCUGAUAAAGCAUUCGCUGGUAUUCGCACUAUACCACCCUGCCCAGGCACACUGAACCACGCCUCGCUGCUCUGGUGCCUGGCUAGAUGGGUAGUGAGGGGAUGCGACGGCUCACUCAAUCCAGACUUUGUCUUUGGUAUUGACAGUCACUUGGCCGUUCUAAAUGGCUUGGGAAUCUUAGCCCUCUCUGUUAGUCUUCUUGAGACGGAGACUGUACUACUGGAUAUGCCUAUUCAGUUCAAACUGCCGGAGGUUGUCGGAGUGCGUGUGCUAGGUCGGCCUCCGCCACUCUCCACGCACGUAGAGAAUGUGUUGUUUGUCAGCAAGUUUCUACGUCAGAACGAGGCUCUGCUGAAGAACCGCUUUGUUGAGUUUCUCGGCCCGGCAUUGGAGCACCUCACCAUCACAGACCGCAUGACCAUUGCAAACACAUCGACAGAGUAUAACGCACUCGCUACCUACUUCCCCAUUGACAAGAUCACGCUGGACUAUAUCCACCGAACGUCUCCGUCAUUGAAGCGCUCUGAAAACCUAGAGCAGUACUUGCGGAUAAGCAAGCUGAUUGCAGACGACCCGACUCCUGACCUUGUCUUCAAUGAGGUUAUUGAGGUCAACUUUGAUGACAUGGUUGUGAACAUCUGUGGACCUUAUCCAAUGGUUUACCGGACAGUUGUGGAGAAAUUCCCACAAGAAAUCCGUGAAAACCUCAGCAAGAGACAUGGUCGGCGUGCAAUGUAUGCUGCGGAUAUCACCACCACGGUGACGUAUGAAACAGAAGGGCAGAAGUUCACCCUUGGUCAUGCCUGUCUUCUAACAGCAUGCAUACCUGCAAGUGCCAAUGCCAGUCAACCCAUGGCUAUGUUAGCUUGUGGUCUCCUGGCACGCAAUGCGUUUCGCCACGGCUUCCGAGUGUCUCCGUACAUUCAUGCUUGUAUGUCCCUGCGCGGCGGUCUCAAUGCAUUCUACCUGCGAGAGGCUAACCUUAUGAACGCGCUGUCGGCAAUAGGCUUCUCCCUGGUGGGUCUCGAUGACAAUCUCCUGGAGCGGCAAGUCUUCUCACCGCCGUGCCUCACUGCCGAGAUUGCAAAGGCACAGCUGAUCACGUGUGGUGUAAUGUCUGGUACACACACUACACAGUGCUGUGACGUCAUCCUGUCAGCCACGACGGCCAACUUUACCUGCUCACCACCGUUGGUCAUUGCGUAUGCACUAGCUGGAAACCUUGCCAUCGACUUCAACAUCACACCUAUUGGUAAGUCAUCCGAGACUGGCGAGGCUAUUUAUCUGAAGGAUAUCUGGCCGUCGAAGGAGGAGAUCUCCUGGCUUCAGAAGCAAGUCAUCUACCCGGCGAUAUCACGUGAAUUUGCCAAAGAGAUCCGAAGUGAUAAAGACUGGGCAGAUAUCCCCACCGUUACCGGUGCAAGCUAUCCGUGGGAUCCCAGCUUCACGUACAUGCAGAGACCGCCCUUCUGUAACUUGGUGCCCAAACCCCAGCAGCUGUCCCAGCUGUGCAUCGAGGGUGGCCACGUAUUGAUGUACCUUGGUGAUGAUGUCGCCAUGCACCACUUGUCACCGGCUGGUAGCAUGUCUAGGACGUCACCAGCAUCACGAUACCUGUCAUCACUCGGUAUCGAGGCGCGUUGUUUCAACACAUACGGCUCCCGUGUUGGUAACCACCAUGUCAUGACACGGGGCAUGUUUGAACACAAAUACCUCAACAAUCGUCUCGUCCGCGGCGUCGGGCCCCGGACUCUGUUCCUGCCGUCCGGAGUGGAGACUGGUGUGUACGAUGCCGCUGUGGCGUAUCGCUCACGGAACAUUCCUCAGAUCAUCAUUGCUGGCUUUAACUAUGGCAUUGGUGCAUCUCGCGACUGGGCGGCCAAGGGCUUAGUGGCUUUGGGAAUCCGUGCUGUGAUUGCACGCAGUUAUGACGAGGUGCACCGCAGCAACCUGGCCUGCUGUGGCGUCUUGCCUCUCCAGUUCCUGAAGGAUGAGUCUGGCGAGAAGCUUGGCAUCACUGGACAUGAAAGCUUCAACUUGUUGCUUGGAAAGGAGAUUCAACCCAACCAGGUCCUGAAAAUGCAGCUCAACACCGGGUUGGUCUUUCAGGUUGAGCUUCGACUGGACUCCUUCCAGGAGAUUGACUUCUUCAGCCAUUCUGGAAUGGUCAAUUUUGCGGCGUAUCGUGACUUGACUAAAGCAAUGGUGUAGUGACCAGCACCGCUGCUACUUUUGUGGGUAGCACUGCGACUGCUGUUGCGGUAGCGCGGUUAGCACUGAUGCUACUGCGACUGCUGCUUCUGUUCCCGUGCCAUCAUCAACGGCUGCUACGGCUGCUGCUGCUCCUGCGGCUGGUCGUAAGCAAUUGCUGCAGUGAAGUGCAGAAAAAGACGCUGUCGUCACCCCAAUCACCUGCAGCAGGCCUGUCGGGUGUCAUACACUCACCUUCUUCCAUGCACUUGCAGAAGAACAGCAGGAACGAACGAGUAAUUCAGUAGGUAUGGUAAAGAUUACUUUCCGCAAUAACGAAUAUGUCAGAAUCUACUAUUUUUUUCCAUUCUGGAAGGCAUAACGCUUUUGCGUUUACCUGUUUUCGUCUUUUUGCUGUUGCCAUGGAUGCAGUAUACGCUGCUGUUUAACUGCCCGCUAGAAACUAUCAUUAUGAACACCGGAUUUGUAAUGCAAGUGAUGCGUCUGAUUGUUCAGACCUCAUUGCGACCUAAAGCUGACGUUUUUCAUUAAUAUAGGAACAUUGUACUUUAGCCGGCCGCGUCCCCUUUCUAAUGCUACCCCACCAGAUGCUUAUUUGUAUGUUGCAAUAUAUUCUUUAGCCUGUGGCUGCUACUGCUGCUUAGGAUGUAUCAGCUGAAGUAGUCACCGUACAUUGCACAGCUCUAAGCCUGUGUGAGUCUGUAUGCCACCUGACUAUGCAUUGAGGCUAGUUAAUUAAAUAACAGCUGCCGUGCUAUACGUAAGUCCCCUGUUUUUUUAUGUGCUUUAUUUUUCGACAGGCACAACUGUGUGUCAUAUUGUGUCUCUCUUCAAAACCUGUUCCCUCUCGGACAACUGCUUGCAGAAUUUGCAGGGAGCCAUAGUGCGCUCUCCUUCCCUCUUUUUUUAUCGCUGAAGACGUAUAUCCUUUCCCCCGA